GUGUGCCUUGGAAUCCACAUUUCUUUAAUAUGUUGCAGGAUUGUGGCCACGUGUGUAAGACAGUGCCAGACGGGGUCAACGUGAAGAAGAGCAUGGGCAGGUUUUUCGAUGAAUUCCGCAAAAAGGUGGAUUGCCACCAACUGUGGUCCAGCCCCCACAUGGAUGUGCCAGGUGAAGGGCGCCCACCCAAGUGGCAGGACUUGCCAAGGGAGCUAAAAGAGCUCUACUCUUACGGGGGGGCUGUCGGAUUUUCACCAUACUACUUUGACCAGAAGUUUUAUGGAGGCAAGCAGCAUGUGACGGCUGCAGUUCACAAUUGGACUUCGGAGGUGAUAAACGACAUGAUCGCCCAAGCCCGCGAGCACAAGCUCAAGGGCACUUAUGACGUUGGUGCAACAGAAUGUUUGAGAAAAGGCAUCAUUGAUGCUAACUUACAGGGGAAGAGUGUCCUGGUGAUUGGUUCGCUGAAUCCGUGGGUGGAAUCCCUGUGUCUGGCACACGGUGCGGCUGAAGUGACCACCCUAGAAUACGCAAGCCUGCAUUCCAGUGAUGUGCGAGUGCGCACAUUGACACCCUUCCAGUUGAGUGCUGCCGUGGAAAGCGGCCUGCCAAGCUUCGACGCAAUUGUGACCUUCAGCUCCAUUGAACACUCAGGGCUUGGACGCUAUGGUGAUGCACUGAAUCCAUUUGGCGACCUGAUCACUCUCGCCCGUGCCUGGUGCCUUGCGAAGCCAGAUGCCGACCUUGUGUUGGGGACUGAAGGCAAGCUAGCAUCGAAGCCAACAAUCUUCUUCAAUGCACAUCGCCACUAUUCAAACCUGACAUAUGCUCAGUUGUUCGCAAACUGGAAGCAGAUGACGGUACACAAGUGCUAUCAAAGUGUUUUCACCUUGAAGAAGCUCCCUGCUCUGUGA